AUGCAGAAUGCGACCUCAGAAAAGAAAGCUUUGGAGCACAAGAAGGAGAUCGCUAAACGAUUGGGUCGUCCUCUUAUUCAGACGAAUUUUUACGAGGAUGAUACAGCAUUUGAGAAGCAGAGUGCUCUUUUUGCUCUUGUUGUUUCAGAUAUGGAGCCAUGGCUGCCUGCGGCUUGGUCAAGCAGAGUCACUUUUAUCGUCGAUGAUUUUCACUCUGCUAUCGAAAAGUACGACUUCAAUUCUGAAAUUGGGACUAAGGUGAGGGGAACUGUUUUCUGUACUGAUAAUGGUGGAGCAUUGGUUAAUAUUACUGCAAAAUCUUCAACACACUUACCUCUUCAAGAAGCUUCAAUCCACAGGCUAAAGCAUGUAGAAGAAGCAGGGAUAGUUUCUGGUUUGAAAAUGGAUUUUGUAAUUAUUGGUGAGAAUGAAGUAGAUGAUAGCAUAAUCUUGAGCUUGAAGGCUAUGUAGUAUGAUCUCGCAUGGGAAAGGUGUAGACAGCUCCAAGCAGAGGAUGUUGUUGUUAAGGGUAAGGUUGUUGGAGCAAACAAAGGUGGAGUUGUGGCUGUGGUCGAAGGCUUAAGAGGUUUUGUUCCUUUCUCGCAGAUAUCAUCG